UACUUCCAGCGCAAUGGUCAGAGGAUCUCGCCAUGGCAUGACCUUCCGUUGUGGGCGGAUCGGGAGGCAGAGAUAUUGAAUAUGGUCGUGGAGAUUCCGCGAGGCACGAAUGCAAAGAUGGAGAUCACGAAGGAGGUCGCCCACAACCCAAUAAAGCAGGAUAUCAGCGAGGGGAAACCCAGAAAAGUGGCCGAUGUCCCGCCGUUCCAGGGCUAUCCGUGCAACUACGGUGCUAUUCCACAGACAUGGGAAGAUCCCACGACGAUUGACCCCUACACAGGAGUGGCAGGAGACGACGACCCCCUGGAUGUCUGCGAGAUCGGCACUGGGGGGGCUCGAUGCGGCGAGAUCAGGAAGGUAAAGCCGCUCGGGGUAUUUGCCGUGCUAGAUGAAGGCAGCACGGAUUGGAAAGUUGUUGCCGUGGACAUCACCGAUGCGCGCGCAGAGCGCCUCACGGACAUACAGGAUGUGGAAGCGCAGUUUCCCGGAUUCUUGGAGUCGCUGAAGACCUGGUAUUGCGUCUAUAAGGUGCCUGACGGACGCAGUCCCAAUCGGCUGGCGAUGGACGGCAAGCUCAUGGAUCGGCAGUUUGCAUUGAGGCUGUUAGACCAUUGUCAUGAAGCGUGGAGACCGAGGAGGGGAUUCCCCAAUAGCAUUUGA